UCCAUUCAAUAAGCAUAUUCUAUAAACUGUCAGUGAACUCAUCUUCAGUUUCAUCUGUCUAUUGAAAGAUAUAUAUAACAGUAAUUAUGCAGCUUUUUAAAAUUUUGAACUCAGCUCACAGACCCCCAGUACUAUGUUUUUGAACCAUCCAGGAGUGCACAGUUGCCGGGUUGAGAGCUGCUAAAUUAUCUGAUGUGUAUGGCUAUUUUUUAAAGGGUAUCUAACCCUCUAAAAUAAGACAUGUUGCCUACAUGUUACCCAUUUGCAUACUUCAAUUCAUUGAUAAUACAUAGUUAUUUUGAGAGGAUCUUUUUUUCCUUUCUGUCAGCAUAGUUUUCAUUUAUUUGACUGACCAGUGGUCAACUCCAUAGUUAAAAACAAUGAAUACAGAGUUGAAACAAAAAACCAAUGGAAAGGAAAGCAAGGACGAACAAGUUAAGGUGAAUUCUACUUGUUCUGAAGAUGACACCUUUUCUACUCUUUUAAUAUCAUUUUUCGACGAAGAAAUCAACACUUUGAAGUUCUUUUCUAGCUGUCUGGAUAUCUCGACAGUUGUUCUGCUGAGCAGUGCCUGUUUUGUUGUGUGUGCAUCGUUAUUUUCAUCACUUUGGCGUGUCUUGUUUCACAGUUCCGAUGACUACUCCUUUCUCGCUUUGCACCUAGCUAGUGUACCUGGCUACAAUGCAACAACUUUGGGUACUUUCUGGAAUGACACCAGCUUUGAAAAAUUUGAGAAUUUCCUAAAAAAACAAAAUUGAGAAAAAGAAAAAAAAAGAAAAAAAAAAAACAAGGCAAAAAUAAACCUCAGAAACAAUAAUGACAGAUUUUCUAUAGAAUCUUCCAGAACUUGUUGCCAUUUAUGUCAAGAAAUUAUUGAAUGUCAUCUUUGCAGUUCCAGCCUAAUAUUUCAACUAGUUGUUGCAUGUGUGUAGCCGAUGGAGUAGGCGGGUGGCGGAGCUAUGGAGUGGAUCCUUCCAAAUUUCCCCUUUCACUCAUGUCCACUUGUGAACGCAUGGUAAAAGAGAACAGAUUUCAGCCACAUGCACCUGCUAGCAUCAUUGCAGAUAGUUAUUAUGAAUUACUGGAACAGAAGCAACCAUUAGUAGGUAGCAGUACUGCAUGUAUAGUGUCACUCCAUCGAGAAGAGCGAACAGUAUACACUGCCAAUUUAGGUGACAGUGGAUUCCUAGUUAUUCGCCAUGAUGAAGUCAUUCACCGUUCACAAGAACAACAACAUUACUUUAACACUCCAUUCCAGCUAGCCGUGGCUCCACCACCACAACGAGGCCAAAUUAUCAGUGACAGUCCAAGCAUGGCUGAAAAUUCAUCCUUUGGUGUACAAGAAGGAGACAUCAUUCUACUAGGUACCGAUGGUUUAUUUGACAAUAUGAAUGAAGACAUGUUACUAGAUUAUGUAUCUAAAUUAAAGGACCAUCGUCAAGACAAUAUACAAAAGACGGCCAGUAAGAUUGCUGAAGAAGCUCACCAAUUGGCCUUUGAUCCUGACUAUCUUUCACCUUUUGCUCUUACAGCCAUAGAUGCUGGUAUAGAAAUUCGAGGUGGCAAACCUGAUGACAUUACAGUUGUGCUAGCACGAGUUUCAAGCCUUACAGAAUCAGAAAAAGAAGCACUACAAGUAUAGCAAAAACCGAUAGGGGGGUGGUGAGUGGAAAGAGCUCAAGAAAAAAAAUUAUGCAGAAGGAAAAAUUCAAAUUUAUGGAUGUGUCUGCUGCUAAUGUAAGCUUGCUGGUGUAGUGAUGUUACGUGGAAAUCACUACAGAUAACUGACUUCAUCACUAACAAGCACUAUAUAAGUCUCCUUGGUUUGGUAAUGGCUUAAUAAAGGUAACUGUUACAUAACUUGUCUAUGUUACAUAUAGCAGCUUAGCUAAAGGAUAUAUAUAUAUAUAUAUAUGCAUAUGAAACAAAUUAAUGCGUGACAAGCAAAGAAAUAAUUCAAUAAAUCUGAGUUUGGUAAGUGAAGCUCAGUGCUUGAGAAUUCUGGAUUUCUUUUAGCUAUGAUGGCACGGUAAUCUAGACAUGUUUAUUUACCUCUGAUAAAUAACAAAGUUGCAUUCUUGUAACAAGGAGAAUCGUUUAACUUGUAUGGACAGCAGACUCAAAAACACAGGGCCAUUCACUUGGGCAGUUUCAUUUCUGGAACUGUUUCUAUAACCUGGCAGCUGUGAGUUACGGUUAAUUAAAAAAAAGACUGCAAUUUAUUUACAGACUCUGUGAUAUGUGUAAUUGGUUUGUAAGCUUCACCGCUUGCAUUUGCUAACUCGGGUAGUGUCAAGUGUGUAACGAGAAGUAGUAAAAGUCUUGGAGAGCAGUGUUUAGCAAUAGAACCUUUGUUUUAAAUUCUUCUUGAGAAAAAAAUAUGCAUUUGUUCUCUGCCUGUGAUCUGAAGCUUUUGCCUGAACAAAAAAAAACAACAACAAAACAAACAACCAAGAAAAAAAGACAAAAACAUUAUUUAAUUUAUUCUUAUUUUUCACCUGGAACUUUUUAUUUUAUCUUAUUCUUUUAUCUUUUUUUUAUUUCUUUUGUUUUUCCCCAUACCCCCAUUUAUUUUAAAAUUUUAUUUCUCAUGUUCUAAUACCUUCUUUUUUUUUUACAAAUAGCUUCAUCGAUACCAAAGCAAAUUUUGUCCUUUGGUCGGGUGUCAUCUUUCAUUAUUCAUGUUCCAAUCUGGUAGUUUCAUUUCUGUUAAGAACAAAAUAAAAUUAUGUAUAGUA